CUGAGAGCCAGAGGCACAAAGGACAGAUCACACUUGCAUUCAUCGAAGAGGGAGCAGGUAACAAUGUCGAGCUUCAGCAUUUGGUUUGCUCUGGGGGCACUAGCUCUUGUAUUCGUCUCAUCGGUUUCGGCCGACGACGUCGUCGUGCUGACGGAGGCCAACUUCGAUCAAGAAGUUGGCCAAGAUCGCGCCGCUCUUGUCGAGUUCUACGCUCCGUGGUGUGGACAUUGUAAAAGGCUCGCACCAGAGUAUGAAAAACUGGGAGCAAGUUUUAAAAAAGCCAAAUCCAUUUUGAUUGCGAAGGUAGACUGUGAUGAUCAAAAAAGCCUUUGCAGCAAAUAUGGUGUCUCUGGUUAUCCCACAAUUCAAUGGUUUCCUAAUGGGUCAUUGGAACCAAAGAAGUAUGAAGGUGCACGUACUGCAGAAGCCCUUGCUGAUUUUGUAAACAAAGAAGGAGGUACCAAUGUGAAAAUAGCUUCUGUCCCAUCCAGUGUGGUGGUUCUCACUCCAGAUAACUUUGAUCAGGUUGUUUUGGAUGAAACAAAAGACGUUCUGGUUGAGUUCUAUGCUCCAUGGUGUGGUCAUUGUAAAGGCCUCGCCCCUACUUAUGAAAAGGUCGCUACAGCAUUCAAACUAGAGGAAAAUGUCGUAAUAGCAAAUAUUGACGCUGAUCAACACAAAGAUAUUGCUGAGAAGUAUGGUGUAAGUGGCUAUCCAACUCUAAAAUUUUUCCCAAGGAGCAAUAAAGCUGGUGAAGAUUAUGAUGGUGGCCGAGACUUGGAUGACUUUGUAACUUUUAUCAAUGAGAAAAGUGGCACCAGCCGUGAUGGGAAAGGGCAGCUUACUUCUAAAGCUGGUAUAGUACCAACUCUGGAUGGCUUGGUGAAGGAUUUUGUGAGUGCUUCUAGUGAUGAAAAGAAAGAGGUUUAUUCUCGGCUUGAGGAAGAAGCCAAGAAACUUGAGGGUUCUGCUGCAAGAUAUGGCAAUAUCUACUUAAAAGCUGCUAAAAACUGCAUUGAAAAAGGAGUUGACUAUGCAUCCAAGGAGAUUCAAAGACUUGAGCGCAUACUUGACAAGUCAGUCAGCCCUGCCAAGGCAGAUGAGCUCACUCUCAAGAAGAACGUCUUGUCUACGUUUGUUGCUUGAUCUGGUGUUAAAAGUUGGAAGAGCUAUUGACUGAAUUUCUGCUUAGAGGUUUUUUUUUUUUUUUUAGUUCCUGAGUAGUUGGGCCUUUUUGGUCCAAUUUAUACCAAAUUCACAUUGUUUAUGCAAGUUGUUCGCAGUGAACAUGUAUUGAGUUAUAGAAAGUGAAGCAAAACAACAGAUCUUCCAUCUGGGAAAUCGUAUUACAAACUUGUUAGGAUGACUUGAGGUUAAAACGGAGAUGGUUUUGUACAAUUUUCCAUUCUGGGCUUACUGGUACCGGCAUGGGAUCUCUAUUGAAAUGAACUUUUAGUUUA